CAAACCUCUACUCUACAAUGGAGGAUCAAACACGUCUCAGACGCACGGAAAAGGUAUGAAAUGGCCGCAUCCAUCCCCUGCCGGCAUUCCUUCACACGUACAUAUACUCUAUCCGUUGGAUUGGCCCGCGGCACUUGGCACACUGCCGCUCGGCAGCAGGUAGGGCUAUCACCUGCUGGGCGCACGCCGCACACAUGUACAAAUGCCUCUGACACACGCACACACACACACACACAGAGGGCACACAAGGAACAUGUAAGCACGGUGGAUCGGUCGCUACUGUCUCAGGCCGGUCGAUUCACUUACACAUGGGAAGACGGCGACCGACUUGUCGGCAUCCAAACACACCGCACACUUGGUCGCUUCCUCUAACCUGCACAAACACAACACAGGAAAGAGAAAGGCAUGUGAGAGCCCACCCCGGCAGCUGAUGUGCAUCGGCAUACCUCUCCUUGAGCUCGUCGUUCUCCUUGGUGACUGUUCUGAGCCUCUCGUCCGCCUCAUCCAGGGCGCUCUGCACCGCCUCUUCGACCCCACUAAGGCACCCACGAUCAGGAGGGGGGAGGGGGGCUGACGCUGGUGACGGUGGCUGUGUCGAGGCCGCAGACGGGAAGAAGGCUGGGGCAUCGGGAUUCAGCCCUCGAGCAGGGGGGCGAACGGGACAGGUUGGGGGAGGGAGGAGGGGAGGGAGAGGGGCGAAGGGAAUGGCAUGGGGCAAGGGGGGCGGUGGACAUUGCUUGCGGAUAGCCGAGAGGGCCUUCUUGUGGUAUGUGAUGUCAAAUUCUUGCGAAGGUCCGAGCUCGAAGGAUCCUUUGACGAACUUGCGGACCGGCACGCGGAUCUGCCACAGCCCCCUCACUCGUGACAGCGAUGAGAGGCUCGAGCGGAGAAAAAUCUCCACGUGCUGCGCGCCCCACCGAUCACGCUCUGCACACACAGACAGAACAAAGACAGGCACAAGUCGAUAAUAUCUUUCCCCUGUUCCCUCCCUCUGCUAACCAUUGAGCUUCACCUCGACUUCCAGCUGCUGUAUCUCGGGUAUCUCGUCCCUCCUCUCGCCCCACGUGAAGGGCGUCAGCUUCUCCACCUCCCUCAUUUGCACAUGCAUGUACGUGAUGGUCUUGCGGGGACCCAUCGCCAGCAGCAGACCCAGCACCUCAUCCGCACUCCCCUUGACGUGCAACUUCUGCAGCUUAGGCAUCGCAUUCGCCAGCCAUCCACCCGCCUCUAGCAUUCGGUCGCCCACAUAAAGGUCCCUCGCCUCAGGGAAGGCGCCGUGGCUGAGAUGGCGCAGAAGGGCCGGCUGCUCGUAAUGACAGGUGGCGGUUCCGCUUGUGUAUAUGUAGACGCUCCUCGCGUAAGAAAAUGUCAGUGCCGAGAUGACUGCCACCUCGCCCCAUUCUGGGGUAGCCAGCCGUCGGGUUUGGAGAGGACCCGGCGCAGAGCUGAUAUCCCAUUCGACGGCGUCUGCUUGUCCGGCGAGUUGACCCACGACGUCCCUUGCGAGUUUGUCCCUGGGUAGGCUGAUGAGCAGGGGAAGGGCGAAGACGCGCUUGCCACCCCGCCGCUUGGGCGCUUUGUGGCGAGUCGGUUGCUGGAUGGGCAUCCUGCGGUCGGGGAGUGAGGCGGCGAUGAGAGCGAAGUUUGAACCUUCGGCGGGGGGUGUCAGACGAUCUCACAGGGUCUCACGUCGCCAGGUAUUGAACGGGAUCAAAGCCUCUCGCCGCGAUCGAGAACCCAAUCCUCAGAAAGCAUGUUUGCACUGCAAUGGGGCUGUCGCAGCUUUCCC